CGGACCCCCCGCCGGACGCCCCCCUCCCCCCCCGCCCCGGCCCGCCAUGAAGGUGGCGGUGGAUUUCGAGGAGUGUCUGAAGGACUCGCCCCGCUUCAGGGCUGCUCUGGAAGAAGUAGAAGCAGAUGUGGCCGAAUUGGAAUUAAAACUGGACAAGCUUGUGAAAAUGUGUAUCGUGAUGAUUGAUACCGGGAAAGCAUUUUGUGCUGCAAAUAAGCAAUUCAGGAAUGGAAUCCGAGAUCUGGCACAGUAUUCGUGCAAUGAUGCGAUAGUUGAGACAAGCUUGAUAAAGUUUUCUGAAAGUUUUCAAGAAAUGAUCAAUUUUCACACAAUCCUGUUCGACCAGACUCAAAGAUCAAUUAAGGCACAACUUCAGACAUUUAUUAAAGAGGAUCUUAGGAAAUUUAAAGAUGCUAAGAAACAGUUUGAAAAAGUCAGUGAAGAAAAGGAAAAUGCACUAGCCAAAAAUGCACAAGUUCCAAGAAACAAACAGCACGAAGUAGAAGAAGCAACCAAUAUCCUUACUGCAACACGAAAAUGCUUCCGACACAUUGCUCUGGACUAUGUCCUCCAGAUUAACGUUCUUCAAUCAAAGAGACGAUCAGAGAUCUUAAAAUCGAUGUUAUCCUUUAUGUAUGCUCAUCUGGCGUUCUUUCAUCAGGGAUAUGAUCUAUUCAGUGAACUUAGUCCUUACAUGAAGGAUCUUGGUGCGCAGCUGGAUCAACUGGCCGUGGAUGCAGCAAAGGAGAAGAGAGAUAUGGAGCAGAAGCAUUCCACCAUCCAACAAAAGGCUGCACUACAGGAUUUCUCCAGUGAUGAUACUAAGCUAGAAUACAAUGUAGAUGCAGCCAAUGGCAUUGUUAUGGAAGGAUAUCUGUUUAAACGAGCCAGCAAUGCCUUUAAGACUUGGAACAGGAAAAAGUCUGAUCACAUCAGGCGCUGGUUUUCAAUACAGAAUAAUCAGCUGGUGUACCAGAAAAAAUUUAAGGACAACCCCACGGUAGUUGUAGAAGACCUGCGGCUUUGCACGGUUAAGCACUGUGAAGAUAUAGAAAGGCGCUUCUGCUUUGAAGUUGUUUCCCCGACUAAAAGCUGCAUGCUCCAGGCAGAUUCUGAAAAACUGCGCCAGGCAUGGAUCAAGGCCGUUCAAACCAGUAUAGCUACCGCUUAUAGAGAAAAGGGGGAUGAAGCUGAGAAGCUGGAUAAAAAAUCAUCCCCUUCUACGGGAAGCCUCGAGUCUGGCAGUGAGUCAAAAGAGAAGUUAUUGAAAGGAGAGAGUGCUCUGCAGAGGGUUCAGUCGAUUGCCGGCAACGGCAAUUGCUGUGACUGUGGCUUGGCGGACCCCCGGUGGGCCAGCAUCAACCUCGGCAUCACCUUGUGUAUCGAGUGCUCGGGCAUACACCGGAGUCUAGGGGUCCACUUUUCAAAAGUGCGGUCUUUAACACUAGACACCUGGGAGCCAGAACUUCUAAAGCUUAUGUGUGAAUUGGGCAAUGAUGUUAUAAAUAGAGUUUACGAAGCUAAAGUGGAGAAAAUGGGAAUAAAAAAGCCACAGCCCGGACAAAGGCAGGAGAAAGAGGCCUACAUCAGAGCAAAGUAUGUGGAAAGGAAGUUUGUAGACAAAACUUCUACUUCACUGCCUCCAGAUCAAGGGAAAAAAGGUGUUUCCCGAAGUCAUGAGGAAAAAAGGCACAGUAUCUCUAAAACAAUACCAGGUGAUCAAGUCAGGACGCCUGCCAAGAGCUCAGCGGUUGCUGUAAAUAGUGACGAGGCCAGGCGAGAAUCUCUGUUCUGUCCUGAUGAGCUAGACUCACUCUUCUCCUACUUUGAUACCUCUUCAAAACUGCGUAGUAUUAAAAGCAAUGACAGUGGAACGCAGCCUAGUGCCGAUGACGGCAGAGAGCCUCUACCCUCCGUGGCUUCGGCCAAUAGUUUGUGCGAACCAGGACUACGACUGUAUCGAGCGGCAUUUGAAAAAAACCUUCCGGUUAUGGCAGAGGCUUUGGCUCACGGAGCAGAUGUGAACUGGGCGAAUCCCGAAGAAAACAAAGCAACAUCACUUAUUCAGGCUGUUUUGGGGGGUUCUCUGGUUACCUGUGAGUUCCUCCUGCAGAACGGGGCCAGCGUGAACCAAAGAGAUGUGAAAGGAAGAGGGCCGUUACACCACGCCACGGUCCUGGGCCACACAGGGCAAGUAUGUUUAUUCCUGAAACGAGGUGCAAAUCAACACGCCACUGACGAGGAGGGCAAAGACCCACUGAGCAUAGCGGUGGAAGCUGCCAAUGCCGAUAUCGUAACGCUGUUACGUUUAGCAAGAAUGAAUGAAGAAAUGCGGGAAUCCGAAGGACUUUAUGGACAGCCAGGAGAUGAAACUUACCAGGACAUUUUUCGUGAUUUUUCCCAAAUGGCAUCUAAUAAUCCAGAGAAACUAAACCGUUUCCAGCAAGAUUCACAGAAAUUCUGAGUGUCUUGUAAGAAGGGCAAAAAUUAAAUUGGGCAUCCCUGACACUUAAAGCUGAAAAUUCAUAUAUAUAUAUAUAUAUAUAUAUAUAUAUAUUAAAUGUAUUCAAUAUUGCUAAAUACGGAAUGGUUUAGGCGGAAGUGGAGAAGUGGCAAGUGUUGGCUCUGGAGCGGGAAAACAACAGCCAAAGGUUUUUGUGGUCUUCUGUGGGCACAGCUCACCGAUUUGGAAAAGAUUCUUUUGUGGAUGUAUUUAAAUGGGGUUACUUUGGGCCACAAGGGGCUAUUCCCUACUAAAAAUGGGUAUAAGGAAAACUUCUGCACUCCUAUCUUAGUAUUUUUCCAAGCGUUUUAGCUCCCCGCCCCCAAUCCUUCACCUUCACAGUGUCCUGGAGCCUAAACGUCUCACCCCUAUUUCCAAAGUCAUCUUGAUCUUCAUUGCAGAGUUUGAUUGGAACAUGUAGGAAACAGGGGAAGCCGCGAGUCCCUUUAACAUACAAAAGGAGGUGAUUUCCAUUUGGCAAAGUGUUUUUUGCCGCUCCCACCCCCCACCAUUGUAGGUCUGUACCCUGACGGGAUUGUGUUUAGUUUCCUUGUUUUUCACUGAGCUGUUUUUUGACAGAGAUUCCACUAAAAUGCAGGCACAUAAGGCCACUCACUGCUGGGCAGUGCUGGUUUGUCCUUCGCAGAAUUCUCAGGACACAAAAUGCUAAUGUUCCCUUCUUUCCUUUUUUAUUCUUUUUACCACCAAACUCCUGGAACUCACCGUUAUUAAAAAACCUGAGAUUCACUUGUUGUGGUACAUUUCUCUUGGACUCACAUAAUUACAAGCAUCACUAUCAAAGGCGAAUUUGAUGACUAGAAAAUAAAAUUGCAGGCUGGGGAUGAAUUUGAAGUUUGACUUGUGGAGAUUUUUUUUAAAAUUCUCUAUGGAAAGAAAAAAACAAUUCUCUGAUUUUGUUUGGGAGAAAUCCUUGAUGAUACUUUCUAAUAACCUACGGUAAAUAAUUGCUACCUGUAGUAGUGCAAAAUAAAUUUUCCAAUUUUUUUUAUAUAUUCAGCAUGUGUGCUCAUGAACACCAUAUACGUUCAUAGGAAGUACAGGUGUAUUCACUUCUGCACACUAUUUUGACCAUAUAUAUGCAUGUGUAUAUAUGUGCGCACAUAUACAUGGGUAGUUGCCAUUUCAAUUUUCUAAAAAUAAAAGACCUUAGUAAUGACCUUUUGUUUAGUGCAGAAAUGUACAUUCCUGUGCAGUUCUUUUUGUUGUAUACCUUGACAGAAGUGUAAAUUGCUGGUCAGCAACCAUUUUCAGAUUCUUUAUGUUUCUGUGGUAUAGUCACAUGUCUCCAAUACAGCCUUUCUUACUGUCAGUAGGAAUGUACUACAAUGUAUAUUUUCUGAAGCCUAGCCUCCAAAAAAAGAGAAUCUGAGAAAUUGCUUUAAGUAGACCUUCAUUGGUUGGAUUAUAUUCCAAUUACUCUAAAUUUCAAGAAGCUGUAUCUAAAUAUCCCCCAUAACCUUAAGAAUAAAUUACAAUCCAGUUGAAAAAGACGUAAUAAAAUCCACACCACUAAGCUAUUCCCUAAUUUCUUUUUUUUUAAAAAAAUGCCUAAUUUAUACAGUGCUUAUUAUAGUUGUAAUCACUAUAUUUGUCCUAUGCCUACUGCUGCAGUAGGCAUUUUAUAUUGUAAACCUUUUGUUAGAAGUUGAUCCCUACCAUUAUGUUUUGUAUUCCUUUAGACUUGAAUCAUUUCCUAGGCCACAUAACACAUAGGCCAUCUGUCGUAUCUUAUUAUAAAACAACUUGAGUUUAAAGAAUGAAUGUUGUCGCUUAAACAGCUCUUAGCUCUCAGCAUCGUGGGAUUUUCUGAUUUGAGAUAGAGUAUUAGUUACGGGAAAACUCAGAUGAGUAAAUUGUCCUUCGAAGCUAACCAUGGUGUGAAUCUGACUAAAAUCUCAAGGGGAGGAAGUGAAAUACUGCUUCUGUUUCCAAUUUCGAAAAUCUUCCAAGACUGAGACAAAGACAAAACUGUUACACUCCAAGAAUCCCCAUUCUCCGUCAUCUUUAGACCCGUCGAAGCCCUUAUCGGAUUUAGGAAAGACUGAACAGCAACGAUUUCCUUUUUGGAGUAGCACUCUGAUUCUGUGUUUCUCCGUGACGGCAAGAAAACCGAUCCUUCCUACUACGCUCCCAUCUUCUACUGCUUGGGGAUUGAGGCCAGUUCGUUAGUUUGAAUUUUUCUAUUUCACUAUGCCUGAAGUGGAUUUUUUAAACUCCUAGCUCUAAAUAUUUUCAGGGGAAACCAAGCGUUUUAACAACUUGGGGAAGAGCUGUCCUAUCUGAAGUACGCAAGUCUGGAGCUUGCUGCCUCUUGGGGUUAUUGAGAAUUCCAGGAAUGUACAUCCAAAUAGCAGUCCCAAAAAACUUUGUUUGGCUGGGCAGAAGCCAAUCCAGAGCGCACUAGUGAAAGGCAAGUACUAGGUUGAUUGGAAAUAGCAAGUAGCUUGGCUCUUACAAUAUUUUUAUUGCCAAAUAAGUGCCAAACUUUCAUCAGUUUCGGCUAGUUUCACGUUCUGAGAUGAGAUGAAUCCUAAUAAAGUGUUCUACAGUAAUAUAUUUGAGCUUCUAUGAUCCUUUAAACCAUUUGGUCAACCAUUUGGUCCUGGUAAAGAUAAAGGGGUCUCGUGUUCAAAAAGCAAAUAGGCCUGGGUCCACUGAGGGGCGAAUAAUCUUUGCAUUGCUUCCCUGGUGAUAUUGUGUAGUCUUCUUCACUGCCUGACCAUACUGUAUUUGAAAAUGUUAGCACCCAUCAAAUUUAGCCCAAAUAUAGUGGGGAAAUAUACAGCAUACUGAAAUAUGAAGUGACCUGGCUGUACCGAAACAGAAAAAGGCAAUUCCUUUUUUACUGCCACUCACCCAGGCUACACAUUAAAUGGUUUUACUGGUUCAUUAGUCUCUUGUAGGACCGCCCUAAUUAUUUUCAAGUAUCUAUUAUUACCGUCGGUUGGACGCUUGUCGUUUAGGUUCUUCCAGCACUAGCGUUCGACUAACCGAUGAAAUGAAAUCUUUCUUGCCUGAAAAGUGAUUGGAUUCUGCUGACUUGUUUGAGUUCUCCAAGUUGGACAUAUAUCUGGAAGUUGUUUCUGUGCUUCUCGAGUGGAUCUUGAAACCUUCCUUUAAUUUUAUAGCCUGGACGGUGAGCGAUUCAUGAUAUAGAUUAAAUCGUCAAGAUGUAGGCUUUCACAAAUAGCAAAAUCUUUUAUAUUUUAAAUGAGAUGGUUCCAGUAGAUCAAGUCACUGAAAUACUGCUUAGGUUUUCAUUCCAAACAAUCUCCUUUCUGUUUUGGAACACAAAUCAUUCCCAUAGCACUGCUGCAUAGAGAAGAUGUGACUCUUAGGCACAAUACCUUGUGAGAACAGUGAUGAGAACCAUAAAAGUACAUAAUAUCCUUUUUACAUUUGCUUGAAUGUUGAAAAAUAUUUUCAAGUAUUUAUUGCCUUCAGUCGCUAACUUGUACUUUAAUGAGAAAAUAUCUCUGAGCUAUGGAGAACAUGAGAAAGGACAUAGAAUUUUUUUUUUUAAAGACAUGGCUCUGUGACAGGUGUAUAAACCCUUUGGCAGUAUUCAUUAGAAUUAAACAUUUAACAGAAGGGAAAUUUCAAAACUCCAAUUUGCACCUUUGGCUUAUUUUAAAAUCAACCAAAAAUGACUGUGUUUGAAUUUCAUAUCUGCUUGGCGUACAAAUAUGUUGUUUGCGUACCUUUCUUUCGUUUUACAGAAACCCUUUUUUGAAGGGAUACCCAGGGGCUUAAAGUUUGAUGUAAGAAAUGUAUGAACUUUCUGUGGCUUUUCUCUGUCAUAGUGUAUUAUGACGCUCUUUUGUGUUUUUCCAGUCUUUCCUUCGGAGGACGGUUGACUGCUCAGAAAAUAAAUCGAAAUCCCACUGGGUUGUUUUGUUAAACUGGUUGGUAUACCACGUGAUAAAAAUGACUAGCAGGAGAGCUGCUGGGAAUUCACACCCUUCUCAAGGGUGGAUGUAAACAAACUACUUAAUAUUAAAGCUUGAGUUGGUCUCCGUUCUUUGCGAUUAUCUAGAUCAUUCCAGCCUUAAAUGCUUAUUGCAGUUUUUUACUCCCUGAAGGAAUACUGUAAAGUAUGUGUAACUAAUUUUCUUUUCAUUUACUUUUAUUAGUCCAUAGAAGAGAAGAAGAUUUGUAUCAUCUAAAACUUGAAUGUAGUUUUCCUGUAGCUCAUUGUAAAUGGGAAAAAAAAUACAUUAUCUUUAUAGUUACUUUAAAAUGUACAUUAUGUAAGAAUUGUAAAUAUACUUGAUUAAAGACUUCAUAUGCUGCAAAGUGGUGGUGAUAUCGGAGGCAAUAAAAAUCUUACCUACAGUUAA